CUCUCGGGAGGCUGGAUUAGCCACAAGUUGUGGUGAACCAGGGUAAAAUCGGUGUGCCUUUUACUCUUCUCUUUACUUCUCGUUUAUUCAAUUUUAUUCCUGCGAUUUUUUGAUCAAACGCUAUUCACCCCCCCUCUAGCGUUGGUCUAUUAUUCUAACAAUUGGUAUCGGAGCCUAACUCGCGUCCAAACUUAACCGUUUGAGAGUAAAGCGAUCAUGGGCUCUUCUUCUAGAAAUCUCUAUGCAGGAAUUGGAGAAGGUCAAUCAACUUCUAGGCCGCCACUCUUUGAUGGCACCAACUACUCCUAUUGGAAGGAACGGAUGAGAAUUUAUAUCCGUUCCACCAACUUCCAAUUAUGGUUGGUCAUCAAAAACGGAGAGCAAAUCCCUAUGAAGAAAGUAGGAGAAACCACAGUCCCAAAAACCGAGGAUGAGUUUGAUGCUGAAGACAUCAAGAAGGUUGAAAACUACGCAAAAGCUAUCAACAUGCUUUACUAUGCGGUUAACCCCGAUGACUACUGGAAAAUCUCCUGCUGCACAACCGCCAAGGAGAUGUGGGACAAGCUUGAGGUGACGUACGAAGGUACCGAUCAAGUUCGUGAAGCCAAGAUCGAUUUUCUCACCCAAGAGUACGAAAUGUUCCGAAUGAAAGAAGGUGAGAAAAUCGAUGACAUGUUCGACUGGUUCUCAAAGAUCAUCAACGAUCUUCAUGCUCUCAAAAAGACUUACACCAACAAGGAUCUCGUGAGGAAAAUCCUGCGGAGUCUCACACCCGAAUGGAGGUCAAAAGCCGAUGCAAUCUAUGAAUCCAUUGGAGUCUCAAAUGUCACCAUCGACGGGCUAAGAGGUAACCUCAAAACUUAUGAAUCUAUUAUUCUAACCCCAUCUUUGGAUGAACAAAAGAAGAAAGGAAUAGCUCUCAAAGCAACCAAGGAGACUGUGGAAGAAGUCUCAAGUGAUGAUGACAACGAGUUCGGACUCGUCAUCAAGAAAUUCCACAAAUUCAUGAAGAAGGAAUUUGAACGGAAAGGAAGAAAGCACGACGGUCCCCCGAAGUGCUAUGGCUGUGGCGAGAUAGGCCACAUCAAGCCAUGCAAGAUGUCCAAAAGGCAAAAGCGGCAAGGACAAACCUGGCUUCAAAAAGCAACGAGCCUAUAUCUCAUGGGGUGGUGACUCUGGCGACGAGUCAACUGAUCAAGAAGAGGAGGAAGCCGCCAACCUCUGCCUCAUGGCGCACGAAGAUCAAACCAACGACGUUCAAGAGGUAUGUACCAUUUCUUCCGACUCUUAUACUUUUGAAGAAAUGCAAGAAGCACUU